UCGUGUACUUUGAAGCGAGUUAAGACCUGGCCCCUGAAAAGGCUAAGCAGCUGAGGAAUUUAUUGAAAGAAUUGAUGUGCGUCUACAACUUGCGCUGAGCCAGAGCGAACAAGAUUUCAAAUCAAACGGUUCCAGCUGCCGGCGCCUAAAGAGGAAGUGUCACAAUCACAUCUGUUAGAUUUGAUGGACAUUUCUCUGCUCGCCAGGAGUAUUUCAAGUCCACCAUUGGGCGCCACACAAUUUACUGAAAUCAUUUUGUAUCUUCAACACAGCAUGACUACUCGAUGAAAUGGAUCCUCUGUCGGAUUACGAGCAAACAACUGAAAACACCGCAAUCGUUUUUAGGUGAAAAUUCGUCAGAAGUUAAGUUGGAUAAUCUAAUAAAGCCCGCGCAAACGCAGUCACAAGCUGGCAAUGAUGCCUAAAAUCCAUUUAGCGAUACUGUUAUACCACCAAAAACAAAUAUAUUCAAACAACAACAGCCUGCGGUACCGCCCAUUAACCAGCUUAAACAGCAAAAGAGUUUUGCUAUGACUAUGAAUCAGGAUCCUUGGGCGCCGAUUGCUAACUCCACUAAUGUGUCUCAGUCCUCCAGAAACUUCUUCACUGAUUACGAUAGCGACGACUUUACAAGUUUAAAUAGCAGCAGCGAGCAUAAUCACAAUGACAUACUUAAAAAUAACAGUAAUAAUAGUAAUAACAAACAAGCCAACAACAACUACAAUAACAAUAACAAACCAGCUAUGCAAUACUCUAAAAGUGAUUUUGACGUCUUCAACUCCUCGUUUGCCAGCUCAAGCGACUUUUUUAUUUAUCCCAACAACAACAACAGCAAUAACAACAUUAAUAAAAGUCAACAAGAUGGACCAUACCAAUUCCAAACACAAGUGCAAAUUCAUAGUCAAAGUGUAGAUAAUAUACGUAAUAUGCAAAUUGCCAGCGGCAGUGACAGCGGCGUGCUGCCCACGUCAGCUACAACAAUGCAAACAACAUUUGGUAAUGCUGAUGGUUUUGGCAACAGCUUUGAUAACAAUAGCGGCGCUGAUGGUGUUGGCGGUGGCUCUCUGUUCAAUUAUGGCUUCUUCGAUGCGAAUUCUUCAAUGAACCACAACAACAACUUUGUGCAUAAUCUCGAUAAUAAUGCAAUAUUUUCGACGUCAACCUUAUCGUCAUCGUCAUUGGGCAACUGUAAGCUGGAAAACAACAACAAUAUGCCUUGGAUGUCCCCGGAAGCAGCAUUGUCGUCAAAUCCAUUCUUAUCGUAAAGUGGUUUCUUAAAUGCGGAAAUUUACAUAAGCCGGGCUAUAAAACAGCGUGCGCGAGCUAGAGGAAUAAAGAGUUCUUUUUUUUUUAUAUAGAUAUACGCAUAAAAGAAAGAAAGACUAACCCAAAAAAAAUCAAAAAUAAUGAUAGCAAGGAAUAUAACUUUAAUUGUAAUAAAAGUUUGAAAAGCGGUUAGGGCAAUUGUAAUUGAAACAAAGAGAGCGCGCAACAAACUGUUGUGAGCGCAUGUGCGCGUGUGUGGGUGUGUUUAUAGCGCCAAGAAAUUGAGAUUUGUUGAUACUUAAAAGGCAAUGUAAAGAGCCACAUUGCGCUUUACAAACGUUACAUGAGCAGCAAAACCAAAAGAAAGCAUCAGUCAGAAAAUAAAUUAGAAACAGCGCUCAACCAGUUUUGAAUAUUUGGAGUGCAAUUAUAUAUAUUAUAUUCAGUUGCUCGACCAAACCGAGUUCGCUUACUUCCACUACAAUGCUCCCCAUUAAAAAAAUAAUAAAAUAUAACACUCCUGUUGCAUAAAUAUUUGCUCCACACAGGCGACAUUAAAUUGAAAUUUGAAAAUAGGCCGGUGAAAAUGGUAAACUAUACAACACUCAAGCUUAGCAGAAAUAUAAAAACAACAAAAACGAUAAGAAAAUCAACUAAACUAAUAUAAUUUCUUAUUUAUUUAGAACAUAAAAAUAUAUACAAAACCAAAAAAAUUUUAUAAAAACCAAA